AUGUAUGCUGUGAAAACUGAGAAGUGGUGCUGUGUUCGUUGCUUUCCUGUAAACCGUUGUCUCGAUUUCACCGUUGGGCGUUAUAUUGACGAGGACAUCAAGGACAGGCAGCUGCUGCUCUUUUUGUUCUUCCCUCGUAAAUUGUAUGUCAGGAAGGGUCCCAUUGAGCAAAUUAUGGAAGUUUUCCAGCAUUCUCUUGUUGAUGAUAACAAACGUGUCGUCUAUAAUUUUACUACCCUGCCGGCGAACAUAGCGGGCAUCCGGACAUUCUCCAUUAAAUGCAAACCCGAACAUCUUGGAUUGGCGUAUGUUCUCGUCUAUGGGAUUCCACUAACGAGCUCCGUGGCAGACUAUGAAACCUUACUGAUAUCUGGCUUCAGGAUUGCCUUUGCGCUGGCAAAACUAACUCCAAUAAGUCCGGGGUUUGGGUUUGGUCUCCUCGUCAUCGGGUUUGCGCCUGGCGGUGGUCCCUCAAACCUCUGGACACGCCUUCUUGGCGGUGAUCUCAAUCUGAGCAUCACCAUGACUCCGAUCAGCUCUCUUGCUGCGCUGGGUAUGUUGCUCGAAGCAUGCCCACCACACCAUGUAACGAAUGCUUCGCUUCAGAAGAAUGACUUGCGUGAACGUAGCUAA